UCUAUGUAUUAUGAUGAAGAUGGUGAUCUUGCUCAUGAGUUUUAUGAAGAGACAAUAGUCACCAAGAAUGGGAGAAAACGUGCUAAGCUGAAAAGAAUCCAUAAGAACCUGAUACCUCAGACCCUGCUCUGUCUGUAAUCCUCCAUCAUCUUUAUUCCUAAGCAGUUCGGGGAGAGAGGAUGCAGGGAGGCUCUGCGCUGGCAGUGACAUGGCUCACGGUCCUUGCUGUCGCUGGUGCCCCUGGGCAGUAUGAGAAGCCAGCCUUUACCCCCAUCUUCACUGGUAGGCCUUUCAUUGUGGCCUGGAAUGCGCCAACCCAGGAUUGCAAGCCCCGCCUCAAAGUCCAGCUAGACUUCAGUGUUUUUGACUUGCUGGCCUCGCCCAACGAAGGUUUUGUGGACCAGAAUCUGACCAUUUUCUACAAAGAGCGUUUGGGCCUCUAUCCCUACUACGAUGGGCAGAAAGUGGCAGUGAACGGGGGUGUCCCGCAAAACAGUAGUCUGCUGCAGCACCUGGAGCGAUUGCCAGACGGCAUCCGUAAGUAUAUCCACUCUGAGGAAAAGGAGGGACUGGCUGUCAUUGACUGGGAAGAAUGGAGGCCCAUCUGGAUCCGGAACUGGCAGACGAAAGACAUUUACCGCAACGCCUCCCGGCAACUUGUAUUGGCUCGGCAGCCUGGAUUACCAGAGGACCAAGUGAACAAAGUGGCCCAGUAUGCGUUUGAGUCAUCAGCUCGUGAAUUCAUGGAGGAGACCCUGCGAUACGCCAAGAACUUCCGGCCCCGACAACUGUGGGGCUUCUACCUCUUCCCAGACUGCUACAACCAUGACUAUAGCAAGAACCAGGAGAGUUACACAGGUCGUUGUCCAGAUGUUGAAGAGACACGCAAUGACCAUCUAGCCUGGCUUUGGAGAGAGAGCACUGCCCUUUACCCUUCUAUCUAUUUGGACCAGGUGCUGGCUUCCUCCCAAAACGGGCAGAAGUUUGUGAGAUCACGGGUAAAAGAGGCUCUGCGUAUCUCCCAGCGCCAUCAUGAGGACUAUACCUUGCCCGUCUUUGUCUACACUAGGCCCACUUACAUCCGCAAAUUGGAUGUGCUAAGUGAGAUGGACUUGGUCUCCACCAUUGGUGAGAGUGCUGCCCUGGGGGCAGCUGGUGCUAUCUUCUGGGGAGAUGCAGACUACACCAAAAGUCGGGAAACCUGCCAGGUCAUUAAAAAAUACCUAGAAAACGAUCUUGGUCCUUACAUCAUCAAUGUGACGACAGCUGCUGACCUCUGCAGCCAGACUCUGUGCAACAGUCAUGGGCGUUGCCUGCGCCAAGUCAGCAAUGCCAGCGUCUUCCUGCAUCUCAACCCAGCCAACUUCCAGAUUCUUCACAAUGAUGACAACAAGCUCAUGGCCAAAGGGAAGUUCUCCCAGGCUGACAUUGCCUUCCUACGAACCCACUUCCUGUGCCAUUGCUACCAGGGAUGGCAUGGAGAAGGAUGUGAGAGGCGGCUGAACCCUCCAGGCGGUGGCCCCCGCCUUUACAGUAACCUGGGACUCCUGUUGCUCACAACAUUCUCUCUCCUGGCCUUCUUGCAUUAGGCUGCCUCUAACUGAAACCUCCGUGGCUGCCAACUAGUUCCUGGAGCAUAGUGUGAGAGAGAAGGGGUUAUGAUAGGCAAUGAGAGUAGCCAGAAAGGAAGAAAUAGGAGCCACCAGCCUCUCUUUUAUAUCUUAUUUAGCAGUGAUGUAGCAGAUCUCCUAUUUAAGUGACUGUCCUACCUCUCCCGUCUUGCCACUGGCCCUUUAAGCGGCAAAAGAAAAAAACCCUUCUCCCCACUGAUAGGGUUUCCCCCCCUGUUGACAGACAGGUGGACUACUGGAAGAGAGAACAGUGUUAGGGACUGGCAGAGGUAGGAGACUGGCAUGAGGUGUGGCCUGAUCUUUCCUGCUGCUGAUGUGGUGACCU